GCAAGCUUUAAUUCUACUCUUCCGUUGUUUUGGUUCAAACAUUCUAAUCAUGCUCUGUUUCAUUUUUGUUCAGAUCAACUUAAAUACAGUUGCUGAUGCUGUUUUUGCUGACAAAGUUAUCGGAUGAAGAUUUUUGAUGAUCAUAUAUGUUUAAUGCUCAUGGCGCACUGCGAUUUCUCAGAAAUUUUAAGCCCAUUUUGGCUUUAUACAGUGGUCAGCCUUUUAGCUCUGCAAACAUUGCUGUUAAAGGAGUACAUUCCUUUCACCAAUUCAAGCAAAAGAGACCCAUUCGACAAAUUAACAGAAAGGUGAAGAAAUCUGUCAUCUCAGUUAAGAAAGAAGAUGUAGAUCCUAUAGCUUACAUGAGGGAUACAAUUAGGAACAUAUCAAACAUAUUAAGGUAUUCAGCUUGGGAUUUUGCUCAAGAACAGUUAGAGAAUCUCUCUAUAAGAUGGGAUUCUUACACUAUCAAUCAAGUUCUCAAAACCCAUCCUCCAAUGGAGAAAGCUUGGUUGUUUUUCAAUUGGGCCUCUCGGUUAAAACGCUUUAAGCAUGACCAGUUUACUUAUACUACUAUGCUCGAUAUUUUUGGAGAAGCUGGGAGGAUUUCGUCGAUGAACUACGUUUUCCAGCAAAUGCAAGAGAAAGGGAUUAAGAUUGAUGCAGUUACUUACACUUCACUACUGCAUUGGCUUUCCAAUGAUGGGGAUGUUGAUGGGUCUGUGAGGUUGUGGGAGGAGAUGAAAGUUAACGGCUGUCGUCCAACGGUUGUGUCUUAUACUGCUUUUAUGAAGGUUCUGUUGGAUCACAACAGAGUGAAGGAUGCCACUGAAGUCUAUAGGAAUAUGCUUCAAUCUGGUUGCUCUCCCAAUUGUUACACGUACACGAUCUUAAUGGAUCACCUUGCUGGUUCUGGCAAAUUCAACGAAGUACUGGAGAUCUUUUCCAAAAUGCAAGAUACUGGUGUACAACCUGAUAAAGCUACAUGCAACAUUUUGAUUGAGAAAUGUUGCAAAGCAAGGGAAACAUGGGCAAUGAUGAAAAUUCUUCAAUACAUGAAAGAAAACUCUCUUGUGCUUCGUUAUCCUGUAUAUCGGGAAGCGCUUGAAACUUUAAGAGUUGCUUGCCAGAGUGAUGUCCUCCUGAGGCAAGUGAAUCGUCAUCUUUCUGUCGAACAUAAUGAAGAAUUUAGUGCACCUAAUAGUGAUGCUCCCUCCAUUAUAGAUCAGGGGCUUAUUUUAAAUUUGUUGAAUAGGCAAAAUUUUGUUGCUGUUGAUCAGUUAGUUGCCGACAUGAUGGAUAAGGCCGUUAAAUUGGACUCCGGGAUUGCAUCAACCAUAAUUGAAGUAAACAGUGCUUCUUCCAGGCCUAAUGGUGCUUUGCUGGCCUAUGAAUACAGUGUGAAAAUGGGCAUAAACAUCAAGAGAACUGCAUAUCUUGCCUUGAUAGGUGUAUUUAUCCGAACAAAUUCAUUUCCCAAGGUUGUGGAGAUCGUUGAGGAACUGUUCAAGGAGGGACUUUCUCUAGGAACACAUCUUAGUGCUCUUCUCAUUUAUAAGCUUGGCUGUGCCAGAGAUCCUAUUUCUGCUGCUAGGAUAUUUGAUUUAUUGCCUGAUGAUCAGAAAAGCACUGCUGCUUAUACUGCUUUGAUUGGUGCGUACUUUGCUUCUGCAAAUGCUGGUAAAGGACUCGAAACAUUCAAAAUCAUGAAAAGGGAAGGAAUACGUGGUUCGUUGAGUACAUAUGAUGUGCUAUUAGAUGGUCUUGAAAAGUACGGGAAAGCUGGUGAGUUAGAAUAUUAUAGGAGGGAGAAAAAGAGCCUGCAAGCUGAUGGCCAUUUCCAAAGUGAUGUUACCAUGGAGGACAAGACAUGCAACCUUCUAUUUUCCGGGGCUGUGGUGUCCUGACAUAAGAGUUAGGACCUUAGACAGAGACUUUCUACCAACUGCUACAAGAUGUAAUGGGCCGUGGGGAGGAUUGCCAUUGGUCCCUGAACCCAAACUCACGGAAUUGCCUUGGUGGGAUUCUCACUGUGCAUGCUUAAUAAAACAUCCAUGUCGUAGCUACAAGGAAAACAGAUCAGACGCUUUGGUUCCUGAAGUUGUAUUUUGUGGAACAUUUACAGCUAUUGAGGUAAUUCAUCUGUAGAUUAUUCAAUUUUAGUGAGCUCCUCUUUUUUGAAAGGAAUACCCUGCUAUUUGCUUUCAUUCAUGAACCCUGUAAAACAUCAUGUCAUCCAUUAAUAUACUGUCGUCUGGAUUGUCUGACCGUGAAUUGUUUUGUGUCAAGAAACAACAUCAUAUAGUUCAGGAAACCUGGCUAAAACAUGAAGAUUGCAGAUUCCAAAACUAA